GUCUCCGUUUACGCUGGUGCCAUUUUAGUGCUCGGCGAGAGACGAGCGGCCGCACAAAAGAGUCUGCACAAAUAAACAAUGCUGCAAUAGUCACUGUCUGCGCUUAGUUUAUUUGUGAAAGUAAAGCAGUCGACGUUCCUUUACUCGGAUCGCACUCCUUUUCCCACCAUGUCCACCGAAACUCCACCGGACCAGGCGGCAGAGUACAUCCCAGAGAAGGUUAAGAAAGCAGAGAAGAAGUUGGAAGAAAAUCCAUAUGACCUCGACGCUUGGAGCAUACUGAUUCGUGAAGCACAGAAUCAACCCAUAGACAAAGCAAGGAAGACAUAUGAGCGACUUGUCGCCCAGUUUCCCAGUUCGGGCAGAUUCUGGAAGCUAUACAUUGAAGCCGAGAUCAAGGCUAAAAACUAUGACAAGGUUGAAAAGUUAUUUCAAAGGUGUUUAAUGAAGGUCCUGCACAUUGACCUGUGGAAGUGCUACCUCUCGUACGUCCGUGAAACCAAAGGAAAACUGCCCAGCUAUAAGGAAAAGAUGGCGCAGGCUUAUGAUUUUGCCUUGGAUAAGAUUGGGAUGGAGAUUAUGUCCUAUCAGAUUUGGGUGGAUUAUAUCAAUUUUCUCAAAGGAGUAGAGGCUGUCGGGUCAUAUGCUGAAAAUCAGCGGAUCACUGCUGUCAGACGCGUGUACCAGAGAGGCUGUGUCAACCCUAUGAUCAACAUUGAGCAGCUCUGGAGGGACUACAGCAAAUAUGAAGAGGGUAUAAAUGUGCAUUUGGCCAAAAAGAUGAUUGAAGACAGGAGCAGAGACUACAUGAAUGCCAGGAGAGUUGCUAAGGAGUAUGAGACUGUGAUGAAGGGUUUGGACAGGAAUGCUCCUUCAGUGCCGCCCCAGAACUCCCCACAGGAGGCCCAGCAGGUGGAGAUGUGGAAGAAAUACAUCCAGUGGGAGAAGAGCAACCCGCUGCGCACUGAAGACCAGACGCUCAUCACAAAGAGAGUGAUGUUCGCCUAUGAGCAGUGCCUUCUGGUACUCGGGCAUCACCCGGACAUCUGGUACGAAGCUGCACAGUACCUGGAACAGUCUAGCAAACUCCUGGCAGAAAAAGGGGACAUGAACAAUGCCAAGCUGUUCAGUGACGAAGCCGCGAACAUUUACGAGCGCGCCAUAGGAACUCUGCUAAAGAAGAACAUGCUGCUGUAUUUCUCGUUUGCAGAUUAUGAAGAGAGUCGUAUGAAGCACGAGAAGGUUCAUAGUAUAUACAACCGCCUACUGGCGAUAGAAGAUAUUGAUCCUACACUUGUCUAUAUUCAGUAUAUGAAAUUCGCCAGAAGAGCCGAAGGUAUCAAGUCUGGUCGUUCCAUCUUUAAGAAGGCUAGAGAGGAUCCUCGAACACGACACCACGUGUACGUCACUGCUGCUCUGAUGGAGUACUACUGCAGCAAGGACAAAUCGGUGGCCUUUAAGAUAUUUGAGCUCGGACUGAAGAAGUAUGGUGACAUUCCUGAGUACAUUCUGGCCUACAUUGAUUACCUCUCUCACCUAAAUGAGGACAACAACACCAGAGUCCUGUUUGAGAGAGUCCUGACGUCCGGCAGCCUCUCCCCUGAGAAAUCUGGGGAAAUCUGGGCACGCUUCUUGGCCUUUGAGAGCAACAUCGGGGACUUGGCCAGUAUCCUGAAGGUGGAGCGAAGACGUUUCAUGGCCUUUAAAGACGAGUAUGAGGGAAAGGAGACUGCUCUACUGGUGGACAGAUACAAGUUCAUGGAUUUGUAUCCCUGCUCUCCCAGUGAACUCAAAGCUCUAGGAUAUAAGGAUGUGUCUCGUGCCAAAUAUGCAUCUCUGAUCCCGGAGGCGGUGGUCGCUCCUUCUACCCCUGCUCUGAAAGACGAGGCUGACCGUAAACCAGAGUAUCCCAAACCUGACACCUGCCAGAUGAUCCCCUUCCAGCCACGGCACCUGGCGCCCCCUGGACUGCAUCCUGUUCCCGGAGGAGUGUUUCCUGUUCCUCCUGCUGCUGUCAUCCUGAUGAAGCUGCUGCCUCCUCCCAGCUGCUUUACAGGCCCUUUUGUACAGGUGGAUGAGAUGAUGGAGGCUCUCAGAAGAUGUGUAUUACCAGACAGUAUGUAUUACCUUGUUUCAGCAGGUUGUGUUAGAUUUACAUUUAGUCAUUGUCCAAGGCGACUUAAAAUUGAGGAGGCAUUCA